CCCUCUUUGUUCAGAAACUUCCAGCCAAGAGAAGGCAGAGCAUGGCUCCAAAGUCCUCCUCCUCCUCGACUGCAAAAAUGGGGGAGAAGACCCUCCAAAGUGGGUCUCUUUGAAAAGGAGAAGGGUCUUCUUCUCCCUUGGCAGGAGGGACUGGCAGGCCAAUGCCACCAUGGAGCUCUCCAAGGACCGCCCUCUUCUCCAUCACCUUCAUCUGCUCCUUUCUUGGUGUCGUAAAUGAUACGGUACAGAUGCCCGGCUACCAAGUCAAUGGGAUGCUGAACGGAACAGUUGUGCUGCCCAUCAGGAACAUUUCCACAUCAGAGACAUUACACAGAAUUGAAUGGGAUUUCCAGCUGCAAAGUGGCAAACGGUUAAUCAUAGGCGAAUUCCAAGAUGGGACACUGAAGCGUCUGACUCCCAAUGACCGGUUUGGGUCGCGCGUGGAACUGGCAAAUGAGACCAGCCUGAGGAUCCGAAACCUGGAGAAAGAGGACAGCGGGUUGUAUAAGGCCCAGGUGUGGUUUUGCACGGGUGAGACUCAAGAGCAUUUCUACCACCUCAAGGUCUAUGAUCCUGUUCCAGUACCGCAAGUUCUCCACCAAAUGGUCUCCAACUCUUCAACUAGCUGUAAUGUGACCUUGGAGUGUUGGCUCUCUGAAAAGGCCGGACUCAGCAUCUCCUGGAGGAUCGGGAAUGAUCUCAGGACCUUAGAAGGAAGUUCAGGCUGGUAUCAGCUCUCCUCCGAUGGCUGGCGUCUCCAUGUUUCCAUGGGGUCCAAUGCAAGGGACUCCAACUUCACCUGCCUGCUCUCCGAUCAGAAGCACAUCUCCAUUGACUUGCUCUCCGUCUGCUCCCUUGAAGGUAACGGACCAAUAUGGGAGCAAUGGGGGCUGAUGGUGAGGCUCAUCGUAUUAUCGUUCCUGGUAGGAUUUUGCACAAUCUGGAAUUGUAGGAAAAAGAGGAAAUGUUUCACAAGCAGACAAGCUGACCGUGCGAGGCCAAGAGUGACCACUCCUGAACAUCUGUCCUAUGAGAACCAAAACGAGAGGAAUUCCCCUGACAUCAACAUUUACGAGCUGUUGCAAGAAAAUCGCACAGACGGACUACAAACAAAGGCACAACUCUGUGGCCCACAUGAUUCACUGGAACUUCUGUCACAAGGACCACCUGCCAGCAGGAAAGAAUUGGUGGGAUCAUAAACCCGCAAAGGUCGUGGAAAAUGAACAUGCAAAAAUCCUGUGGGGACUUUCGAAUCCAGACUGACAAAGUUUUGGAACACAACACGCCAGACAUCACGAUUGCGGAAAAGAAAAAAGCUUAGAUUAUGGAUGUCGCCAUACCGGGUGAGGAAAAACAACAGGAAAAACUCAGCCGCUAUCAAGACCUCAAAAUCGAACUGCAAAGGCUUUGGCAUCAACCAGUCCAGGUGGUCCCAGUGGUCAUUGGCACACUGGGUGCCGUGCCAAGAGAUCUCAGCCGGCAUUUGGAAACAAUAAACAUCGACAAAAUCACGAUGUGUCAACUGCAAAAGGCCACCUGACUUGGAUCUCUGCGCAUCAUUCGAAAAUACAUUACUCAGUCCUAGACGCUUGGGAAGUGUUCGACUUGUGAUUUUGUGAUAUGAAAUCCAGCAUAUAGAUCUCGUUUGCUGUGACAUACUGUGUUUUUGUGUCAGUAAAAUAAUAAUAAUAAUAAUAAUAAUAAUAAUA